GAGAUGAAAGAGGAGAUCAGAGUCCGGGACAGAGCCCUCUCCUGCACACCAUUUAGCUGGCCCGUCAGUGGACUUCUCUGGUCCGUCUCUGGACACACUUUUAGACGUGAAGACCCAGAAACAGUCUGUUUUUCUGUCUGUGAAGAUGAGGAUUCAUUUGACAGCGACCGUUUUCAUCUUCUUGUCCAUCGCUCUCUCUGCUGCAGAGAUCCCAGAGGAAAAUGCCCAGGCCUCCGCCAAGUACUCACCCAAAGUAAAGGGUCAAACCACUUUCUCCACCCCCACCACCAUCGACCCCCCUCCCAACCCACAGCCCUACACAGAUAACUUCCUUGGGCCAGAGCGGUGCCUGGAAAAAAAUUACACCAGGAGUUCGUGCAACAGGGUCUUCUGCCCACCGUGGCAGCGCUGUGUGGAAGGAAAGUGUUCAUGCAAGCUGCCGUACAUGUGUCCUAAGAGGGGCAGGACGGGCGUCUGUGGGCUGGACGGCAGGAGGUACCUUUCCUACUGCCAAGUGAUGUCCCUAUCGUGUUUACAAAAAAGGGUCUUCAUGUCUGCCUUUGGAGAAACCUGUUCACCCAGGGAUAUCAGGUUCAACAGUUCUCUGGUAGAGGACAGGGUCCAGGUGGUGCUUCCAGCCCAGGGGGGUAAUCCGCUCUCUGUCUGCGCCAGGAGGUGGAACAUGGCUGCUGCCAACGCCCUGUGCAGGGAUCUCAAACACCCGCUGGGAGCAGCCUCAGUAGGCGUGGCCGUCCCGUGGGAGAGCCAGGCCGUUGGGUCGAGGGAGUGCGUGGAGGUCCACUGUCAGGGCUACGAGAACUCCCUCGCUGAAUGUCACCUCCGCCCCGGCCAGAACUACAGCCUGGUCGCCACGGCGACGUGCUACACCCACGUUAGAAGUUGUGCGUCCAGUGAGUUCCCUUGUGUCAACGGGAAGUGUGUUUCUCUGAACGCUACGUGUGACGGGGUGGACGACUGUGGAGACGGCAGCGACGAGAUGUGCUGCAAGGACUGCAGGUCGGGGUUAUUCUGUAGACCAGGUGUGUGUGUGUCUAAUGACGCCGUGCACGACAAUAUCAGAGACUGUCUGGACGGAAAGGACGAAGCCCCACACACACCCAAAGGGCGAGGUAUUCUGAAUACUGAUGACGAAGAUGACACGACAGUGCCUGCUCUCUCUGCAGGAUCCUCCUCUCCUAAAGAAGUGGUCCACAUGGAUAGGGUGUAUCUAGAGUCUCAGCUGCAUUGUGGGAUCCCCAACACCACCGCUGUCAACGAUGGGGUCAGACAGCGGAUCAAGAGGGUCAUCGGAGGAACCCCGGCCAAGCCCACUCAGAUCCAGUGGCAGGUAGCUAUUGAGGAGAGGUACAAGAUCGACUGCGCUGGAGCCUUUAUAGGAGGCUGCUGGGUGCUGACGGCCGCUCACUGUGUGGGAAUAAACCCCACCUAUUUCCGGGUAAAGUUUUCUGUAUGGACGAAGGUGAAUCCCCAGGACACAACUGACAUUGUUCCUGUUAAAAGGAUCAUAAUACACCCCAGUUACAAAAUCUCUACAUAUGAGAAUGACAUUGCGCUGAUAGAGUUGGAGCUGCUGCCUCCUUACAAGGACAUCUGUGUGGAGCAGAACUCGGCCAUCAGCGCCGUGUGCGUCCCCUGGACCACCCAGCUCUUCUCCUCGCCGCACACCUGUAGCAUCUCGGGCUGGGGCCGGACCGCCGCCAACAGAGGGUCUAACGUGUUGCUGUACGCCAACGUCACUCUGAUCGACGACUGCGAGAAGUUCUACAAAGGCCGCUUCAAACCGGGCAUGAUGUGUGCUGGGGACCUGGAGGGCCGCGUGGACACGUGUCAGGGAGACAGCGGGGGGCCCCUGGUGUGUCAGGACGAGAUGGGCGUGUCCUACCUGUGGGGCAUCGUGAGCUGGGGGGCCAAGUGUGGGGAGCCAGGGUUCCCAGGGGUCUACACCCAGGUGGCACAUUACUUCGAAUGGAUCCGGUACCACACAGGCUGGCCUGCAGUCAACAUAUACAACAGCUAACUCCUUCACUGGGACAGCUAAACGUUAAGGUCCUCGAGAGCAGGUCAAACUACAUGUAUAAACAGGACCUCCAGGUGAUGCUUGAUUACCUGUAGACUAAUGUACAGACACCUUGACUAUGUGAUCAGAUCCAACUGUUUUGAACAGGACCGGCAGAUGAUGGUUACUAGUGAAGCAGUCGACCAGAGAACAUGCCAUACCGCAGACAAACAUGAUCAUUAACAUGUCCACCUGGGAAGAUGCAUUUAAUACAAUUUGCAAUUCACAUUUUGUUUCCAUCGUUCAUUCUUUUGAGCCACACUGACCGUGAUGCUGGAGUUACUCGGUUGGCUAAAGCCCGUCAUAACUAGGGCCAGGUCCUAUGUUGUCAGUGGAUGUUGGUUUUGUGGAAACAAUGCACUACACUACAACAAUUCUCUCGUUUCUAUAAAGUAGCACUUAAAAGCAGUUUGCUUAUUUCACUUUAU